AUGAAGCCUAAGCUUGAAGCCCCACCACCGCCAACACGGCGAUGGGCGAUCCCAGACUUCACAGAGGUGGAGUCAGUUUUAAGCAAUCGCUUCAAACUCAACGGAAGCUUGAAUUGUCGCAUCGCAUUGUUCUCAACCUGUGAUUCUAUCUACCUUCAAGUUAAUGACACUCUAGGAACUGAGUUCGAUUCCUUGAUUUACUUCAAGAUCUCUAUACUCAACACUCUAAAUGCAUCCAACUCUAUGAGCAGAGUUUUCUUAUAUAGAUUCACCCAAAAGGAGAGGUCUUACGGUUGGAACGACGUCGGACUCUCUUCAACAGUUCUUGACCCCAAAUUAGGCUUUAUCUCCAAUAUUGAUGAUACUUUGACAAUCACCACCGAUAUUCGAAUCUUGGAUGAAUCAACAUCGUUUACACAAGAUAACAACGAAUCGAGCUUCAAUUGUGGGAAAUUCACUUGGACUCUGAAGAAUUUCGGUUUGCUUGUUGAAUUAAUCAAGAAUCAUAAGCUAAUGAGCCCUUCCUUUAUAGCUGAAGAUUGUAUUCUUCGGAUUUCGAUUCAUCGGAGUGUGAUUGAUGAUGUUGAUUAUCUAUCCCUGUUUUUAAACAGUGAAGAACAAACAGAGAAAUCGAAUUGGUGCAUGUUUAGAAUGUCAGUGUUGAAUCACAAGUCCAGUCGUGAAAGCAUUCACAGAGACUCACAUGGCCGAAUUGGGGAAACUAAACCUAUUGGUUGGAUUGAUUUCAUGGAAUUUUCAAGAUUUAUUGAACCAAACAAGGGUUUUCUUGUUCAUGAUCAUGAUCAUGAUGAUAGUACUGCUAUGUUCAGGGUAUCUUUUCAAGUCAUUAAAGAAUCGAUCGAGUUUCCGAAAAAGUGUGUUCUUCCUCAUAAACCUGAUUUGUUUUCAAAUUUUUAUAUUUGGAAGAUUGAGAAUUUCACAAAGUUGAAGGAUCGUCUGAAGAAGAGGAAGAUCACAGGUCUCGAUGUUAAGAGCCAAACGUUGAAGAUUGGAGAUCAGGAUCUUCGUCUGGUGAUUUAUCCUAGAGGUAACAAACACGAAGCACUGUGA